CACCUCUUUUUUGUUGAUAAAACCUUUACUCACCGCAUAGUACAAGUUGUUUGCCUUUCCUAUCCUUUCAAAAAUUUCUAUUUCAUUUCUUCCGUUGGGUUCCAAUACAGAUCCCAGAUAUUUAAAGAAGUGCACCUGUUGUAAUUUUACAUUAUCUAUUCUUACGUCCAUAUUGAGUUUUGAAACGGCCAUAACUUUAGUUUUAAGUUUAUUUAGUUUCAUAGCAUUAUCCUCAAGUACUUUAUUCCAAAUGUUCAAAUUUUCCUGUAGACUCCCAACACUACCACAACUUCGUGUAUCCAACAAAAAUUGUUUUUGUUCUUUGCCUGCAUUGUCUUAUCAGACCAUUCAUAAAUAUUGGGGGGAACGCCACACGGACUCUGGCGAGGGAACACGUGUGCAUGCAACAUGCACACAUUCUGGCUCCGCCUACGAGAUCCGCCGGGUGGUACCUCCGCGUUCGACAGUCAGAGACCGUAUACCACCUACGGACAAUCACAACAUCCAUAGCCAAGAGAAAAAUUUCUCCUGGGACGGGACUCGAACCCGCACAGCACACGGCGACCGAUCAGGAGACCGAAGAGUCUACUACUGCGGCCACCGCUGCUGCCUAAACUUGAGAAUAAAAUCAAUUUUGAGGCUAUGCGACAGUGAAUAGAAAAAAUAUUGA